AUGUCCGUUUCAUCAGGGAAGGCAGUUGAGAUCCCUUAUUCCCAAGAGGGUAAAUGGAGACGUGUUAUCGGGGCCAAUUCCUCUCAGCUGAAAGAAAGGAUUGAGUCAGAGCAUAGAUUGAUAGAAGGGAGGAAAAUUAGAGUGAUGCUGCUUUUGCCAAACACAAGCCACACGUGUACUUCACUGAGCUAUCAGACACUGUGUCCUCCUGGUGAAUCAGCUGUAUACAAUAAGGGACUAAAGAGAUGGGAUGAGACCUUUUUUGUAAAUAACUGUGUGUGGAAAUAUAAUCUGCAAGCUUCAGCUUUUAAAAUAUGUUCUAAUGCCUUUGAUAAAGGAGACGCAACAAGAAGAAGAAGUAGAAAUAGAAAAGCCAAACCUCAACGCAAAGCCAGGCAGGUCAGUGAUGAAGAGGAGGAGGAGGAGGAAGAGGAUGUGGACAAGUCACCCAAAAGACGAGGACAAAGGAGGAGGACCAAAUCAAGGGGAGAUGAAGAUGAGGAUGAGGAAAAUGGACAACAGAGUGUUGCGAACAAGCGAUCCAAAGCCUCCAGGAGGAGAGGAGCAAAGAAUUCUCGAAAGGAACAGAGUGAUGAGGAGGAUGAAAGUGACAAAGAGAGUAAGCAAAAAAGAGGGCGAGCUGUGUCCAAAAAGAGCAAAGAGGAACAGAAUAAUGAAAAGAAGGAAAAAGACAAAGGAAAAGAUGGAGACAAUAAGAACAACAAAAAGAAGAAGGCAGAGAAGAACAGUUCCCCCAUAUCUUCUGAUGAUUCUGAUGAAGAGUCAGAAGAAAUGUCAGAGGGAGAGUUGGAAGCCCUAAAGGAGCAGGUAGAGGAGAAGAAGAAGCUAAUCGCUACAAUAAGGAACAAACCCUGGCGCAUGCAGAAGAGGCUCUCAGUGCUGAAGGAGGCCCAGGACUUUGUUGAAAGGUUUGAAGGAGCUCUUGGGAAAGGAAAAGGCAGGAGACUUUAUGCAUUCAAAGUCAUGAUGACUAAGAAACUUAUCAAGUUUAACCGUGACUUUGAGAACUUCAAAACAGCCUGUAUACCUUGGGAGAUGAAGAUAAAGGAAGUAGAAAGUCACUUUGGAUCAUCUGUGGCAUCCUACUUCAUUUUUUUGAGAUGGAUGUAUGGUUUGAAUCUGAUCCUCUUUGGGUUCAUGUUCGGCCUGGUGGUGAUGCCUGAGGUUCUCAUGGGUCUUCCCUAUGGCUCUAUUCCCAGGAAAACUGUCCCUAGAAGUGAUCAGGCCACCGAGAUGGACCUCUCAGUGCUCCUUGAUUUUGGAGGUUACUGCCAGUAUUCUGUUUUGUUCUAUGGAUAUUACAACAGCGAUCGAACCAUUGGGGUGCUGAAGUUCAGACUGCCUCUGUCCUACCUGCUCACAAGCGUUGGAAUAUUUGGAUACAGCUUAUUGGUCGUAAUUAGAAUGAUGGCUCGUAACGCUGAUGUUGGAGGGGAUGGGGGUGAUGAUGCGGACUUCACCUUCAGCUGGAAGAUGUUCACCAGCUGGGACUACCUGAUAGGAAAUCCUGAGACUGCAGACAAUAAAUAUGCCUCGAUUACCACCAGCUUCAAGGAAUCCAUUGUGGAUGAACAGGAGAACCAGAAAGAUGAAAACAUCCAUCUCCGGCGUUUUUGCAGAGUCUCUGCAAACGUUCUGAUCUUGUGCUCGCUUGGUGGCAGCGGGUAUCUCAUCUACUAUGUGGUGAAACGGUCUCAGGACUUUGCUAAGAUGGAUCCAAGCAGUCUCUCGUGGUUUGAAAAAAAUGAAGUGGAGUUUGUGAUGUCACUUCUGGGACUUGUGUGUCCACCUUUAUUUGAAAGCAUAGCAGAAUUGGAAGAUUAUCACCCUCGUAUUGCCCUGAAGUGGCAGCUGGGACGGAUCUUUGCCCUUUUCCUUGGAAAUCUUUACACCUUUCUUUUUGCCCUUUUUGAUGAAGUUAAUGGCAAGCUGGAGGAAGAACUCUCUAUCAAGAAUUCCUCUGAAUGGGCUCUGAGUCAGUACUAUGCCAACUACAGUGCCUUCUACAACACCACAGUUGUGCCUCCUCCAAAUGUGAGCCCAGCUGAUGUCAUCAGAGGUCCCUGCUGGGAGACUGCUGUUGGACAAGAAUUUGUGAAGUUAACUGUGUCAGAUGUAGAAGUGACCUUUCUGACUAUUCUAAUUGGUGACUUUGUACGAGCGUUCAUUGUUCGCUUCCUUAACUACUGCUGGUGUUGGGACCUGGAGGCUGGAUUUCCUUCAUAUGGGGAGUUUGACAUCAGUGGAAACGUUCUGGGCCUUGUCUUCAAUCAAGGAAUGAUAUGGAUGGGAGCAUUUUAUGCCCCAGGUCUAAUAGGAAUUAACGUGUUGCGCCUCCUGACCUCUAUGUACUUCCAGUGCUGGGCAGUGAUGGCCUGUAAUGUUCCUCAUGAGAGGGUUUUUAAGGCCUCAAAGUCCAACAACUUCUACAUGGGCCUGCUGCUGCUUGUGCUGUUCCUCAGCAUUCUUCCUGUUAUCUACACCAUUAUGACCAUGCCCCCAUCCUUUGAUUGUGGACCAUUCAGUGGCCAGCAGAAAAUGUAUGAUGUGGUUAUGGAGACAAUAAAUCAAGAUCUACCAGCCUUUAUGGGGACCAUUUUUUCAUAUGCCAGCAACCCUGGACUCAUUAUGCCUGCCGUCCUCCUGAUGGUUUUAGCCAUCUACUAUCUGAACACGGUGUCAAAGGCAUACCAACAAGCAAACGCUGACCUUAAGAAGAAGAUGAAAACGGUCAGUAUGAAAAUUUUUUACGUUCUUUUUGCUAAGUGUUUUUCGUGUCCCUGUUGCCAAAUAUUGUUGUUUAACAUACUUCAGGCUCGAGAUGAUGAGAAAAAUCGCAGAAACAACAAGGACAGUACAAAUCAGAUGAUGAAAGACCUGGAGGAACUUCUGCCAAACAAAUCUCUUUUGCCGCCUCCAGUUGAGGAGGACACACCUUCCGAGACAGUUAGUGUUAAGAACAGCAAGCAGACUAAAACAAAGCCUGGCCCAACGGGAAAGGGUGUUAAUGUGGAAAAGGAGGUGUCGUUGGCUGCCCCAAACCCCAGAAGACCUGUGACUCAAGCCCCAGUACAAAGAGCGGGACCUCCAAUGAAUGCCAGGGGGGCUCAUGCUGAGCCUGGCAGAGGCAGAGGUAGGGGUGGACCCCCGAGAAGAUAGAAAGCCAUAAAAACACUUUGAACAACACAAGAACAGAUAGAAUGACUGCUGCUGGGUCACAUAUGGAGUGCUGAUAUUUCUUUGGAAUGAUGAAACAAUUGUAUAUGGUUAAAUAUCCGUAUACACACAUCAAAAUAAUUAUUUGUACAUGUUCAAAAAUAACAAGUGCAUUAAACAAAAGAGAGUCACUGAAUUGAUCCAUUUAUUUUAAAAUGCAAAUAAUUCUAAUAAAUGCAAAUCUUCAUGAAUGUCAUGCAUGAACACAUUUUUAACUGAUGUUCAAUUUGUUUUGUAGCAUGUCAGAAACACAUUCAUGACUAAGAAUAUUAAACAACAGAUCUCAUGUAAAAACAACACUGCAGAUAUUGAAGCUAGAUUACCCCUGACAGUAUACUAGAUUGAUUAAAUCAAUGUAUUGAAAGGUUCUAUUUUUAAAGAUUUAAUAAAGUUACUAAUCUACCAGGCUUUAUUAUUAUUUAUUCAUAAUUAAUAUGUCACAGAGUGAUAGUGUU